AUCGACUUGAGCAGACGAUUUUGCUCAUAAAAUCAGAAUGGUUUUGUUAGACAAAAUCAAGAAGAAUUGGUUCUUAAUUGGAAUCAUUGUGGUAAUUUCAUUUGCCAAGUUAGCACCAGUUAUUGGCGUUAAGGGAGGAAUUCUGAGGCCUGAAAUUACUGUAAAAUACUUGGCAGUUUCAUUUAUAUUUUUCAACAGUGGUCUUUCGCUUCGGACUGAGGACUUAGCAAGCGCAUUACUACAGCUGAAGCUGCAUAUAUUCGUACAGUCAUUCACUCUAAUUUUUGUACCAUGCUUUGUGUGGCUUCUCAUUCAAGUUUUGUCUUUAACUUCUAUCAACGAACACCUUCUAAAUGGGUUGCAAGUUGUUGGAUGUAUGCUGCCACCUGUUUCUUCGGCAGUCAUCCUAACAAAAGCAGUUGGUGGGAAUGAGGCAGCAGCAAUAUUUAAUUCAGCAUUUGGGAGUUUCUUAGGAAUAUUUGUAACUCCUCUUUUGUUAUUAUUAUUUCUUGGUUCUUCGUCCACUGUUCCAUAUACUUCCGUGUUUACAACUCUCACAUUGACCGUCGUUGUUCCUCUAAUUAUUGGUCAGAUAACUCGCCGUUAUGUCAAAGAGUGGUUAGAGCGAACCAAGCCUCCAUUUGGCCAGGUAGGGCAGGCAGUGCUACUUCUCAUCAUCUACACAACAUUCUGUGAUACGUUUUCAAAUCCUGCCCUUGAGAUGGAUAGGUACAGUUUACUGGCAGUAGCUAUAAUUGUAUUUUCUCUUCAAGUACUCCUGCUAAGCCUUACGUUCUUUGUAUCAAAGCAUCCUAGGCUUGGCUUUGCUGCCGCUGAUACCGUCACCAUCAUGUAUUGUGCAACACACAAGUCAUUGACUUUAGGUAUACCAAUGUUGAAGAUCAUUUAUGCUGGCUACGACUACCUCUCAUUGAUUUCCAUUCCACUGCUCGUUUACCACCCAACUCAGAUUUUACUUGGUGGCUUCCUGGUUAAUUCAAUCAAGCAUUGGAUGACGACGGCGAACAAAUUAAGGGACACUGCACCAGUGGUGUGAAUGUUGCAUAGCUGUGUUCUAUCUUGAAAUCUCACCCAAAACUAUUCUGAACGAGAAAGCCGACCUGGUUGCAGUGAAGUCAGAAGAAACAGAAGUAUCACCAGAUAAAAUAGAAGCUCAUUAACCAACACAUUUGUGCCAAAGAUCUGUUGACCAAAGUGUCCUUUAACAGUUAAAGCUUUUCCCACGCUGUCAACUUUUACAUGACAUUUAACUGUGAUAUGCCUCUAUUUGGGUGUAAUAUUAUGACAUCAUCAUGUCACAUUACACAAAGUUGUCACAUGAAAUAUGAUAGUGUGGACAGACCCUUACCAUUGACAAUAUUAUAUAUAAUGAUGCUGAUUUAAACAUAAGAUGAUGUUCAUAUUGAUAUAUAAAUAAAUAUUAUUAGCAUUACUAGUCUUAGCAUACAGUUAUUCAUCUCAUUUAAAAAUUAAGUAAUGAGAAAUUAUUUUUCUUGUACAAAUAUAUUUUUCAUACACCUGUGGCUUGUACUAAAUUAAAAAUAUUUUUAGUAAAAAUCUUGUAAAUUAUCGAAAACUUUAUUGCUUUUCAUUGGAAGAUGAUAAAUUGUAUUUUUUUUUUUUGGAUGAACAAUUGUAAAAAUCUGGUGGCAAAACGAAUUGGCUCUUGGGUUCCAAAUAGUCCUUUGGAAACCAAGUGUGUCAAUCAAACUUUACUAUUACUGACCAAUUAGAAUCACCUCCAGGAAUAUGCUCACGUCUCACAAACACACAUGUUGUCCCACAAAUGCACAUGUUUGCGUAUGUUUUAACACUGUCAUUUUUUGGGACCUUAGCAACAAUAUCCAAGGGGCGGGGCUUAGUGGAAUGUUCCAUUGAGAGGAUGGGGGUUAUGAGUCUGAGACUGUGGUUACCUGUUUGUGCCUUGCUGCAGUGCUUCUCUCCACUCCAUUGCUUUAUCUAGACCUUUCCGCCAAGGACUUUUAACUGAGCAGUUAAAAGUCCUUGUUUCCGCUUCAGGCCUCCCCCUUGAAUAUUAUUGUUAAGGUCCCACAAGAUGACAUUGUUUCUAGGACAACACCUGUGUUUGUGGGACUGUUAUGAUUGGUCAGUUAUUAAAUUGGAAUGACACUUAGAGAAAGGUCCAUUUGUACCUGGUUGGGGUUGUAAUGCUACACUGAAUAUGGCUGGCAACAGAGAACCAGCGUUCAUAAGCAUGUUGACUUAAUGACCAAUAGUAAUACUGUACUGCGUACUUAGGAAUCUGCAUUUUAGAAAUACCGUAAAACCUUGAAUUGAAGCCCUGGGCUUCUUUUGUUUUUUUGUGAACUUUGGAUGGGCUUCUUUUUGGGGCUACUUUUCUAAGGUAAAGAGGGGGGCUUUAAUUCGAGAUGAGCUUCUUCUCUAGAUUAAGCCCAUUGGGUUUCUAUUCAAGGUUUUACGGUAUGUAAGUUAUUAUUAUAAUUCAGUUUUAUUUAAUUUUGUAUGAUUAUUCCAGAAUUUAUGACAUAGGAAUCAUUUACUACAGAAAAUGCUUUAUUUAUUUUCAAAGUUUAAUAGCUGUUUAUGUCCUUUAAAAUUACUUUCUUUUAAUUUUUUUUCUCAAUAUAUAAAAUAGGUUGUUUGACAUAAUAUUUAAAGAAAUUAAUUUUUUUUUUCAAUAUUUAAAAUACAUCUUUUUUGACAUUAAUUAAGGAUAUUUUAUGUAGUACUAGGGCAGAGUAUGACAACAGCACAUUAGUGCAACAAAAAUAUUGAACAUGAAUGACAUGAAUAUGUAACAAAGCGACGAGUCACAAAACAUAGAAUGAUUUACUAUUUCCAGUUGUACGACAGACUUGGUUUGUUCUGAGCUGAAAAUUCAAACAACAGUACAAAAUGCAAAUGUUAUGUGUGUAACGAUCAUUAAAUGGAUUUUAUUGUUUGAGUACUCUGUAUAAAUUGCAAUUUUUUCCGGCAUUGAAUAAUAAUGCAUUGGACAGCAAUUUAGUUCAUAUAAAUUAUAAUGAACCAUUUGUACUUUCUUAUUGUUUAUUUCAUUUGCUUUGCUUUUAGUGUUUUACAUCUCUGAUAAUUGUUUUCAUAUCAAUUUUUUUGAUUAUCAUUAUUAUUGUUGUUGCUGUUACUGCUAUUAUUAAUGUUACUACUAUUACUCUUACUUAUCAAUAUCCGUUUGUUUAUAUCUAUAGGUAUUUUUGUAUAUCUGGUCUGUGUAAUUAAAAUGUACUUACACAAAAAUUAUGAAAAUUUCUCUUAAAUGAAAUAUCUAAAUGUUGUAUAGACAAUAAUAAGUUUUUGUUUGUGUUGCCAGUAAAAAUACCUAUUCGUCAAAGGUCUUAUAGCUGAAGGUAUUCAACUCCAUCAUUAAAUAAGCUUCUCACCCUGUACAAAAUAUAUAGUAAUUCUAUGGUAAAUCAUGGGGCUUUGUUUUUGGAGUGCACUGUAUGUUAAAAAAACUGAGGGUUAGUGAAGGGAGUUUCAAGGGCGGUGGAAUGGCUGGAUCUGGGCGAAGCUGUCAGGGAUUUAGGGCCCAGCUGUCAGGGGGCCAUGGUAAACAUCUGUAGGGGGAUAUUGAAACAUGGUGAGGCUUAGGUGGAUGGACUUUGGCCCAUCUGUAGGAGAACAAUGGACCACCUAUUGGGGAAAAAGUGGGGGAAACCACCCCUGCUUUCACAAUGAAGCCAUAUUUGAUGAGCAAAUAAAUUGCACUUAAGUAAUUGAAAUUUUCUUUUAUCACAUCAAUCCCUGUGCCCCAGCUAGUUGCCUUUAAAAGUUCUUUAACAUUACCCAUCAAUCCUCCCCUCUCUAUAUCAUUAAUACUAAAAUCGUCACUGACUAAUGAUUGGAAGGCAACCAUCCUAACCACCUGUCUACAUGGAUUAAUUUGUAUUUAUUUAUUUAAAAUAGUAAAUUAUCAUAACUUUAUUAUUUUUUUAGAACAUCUAUUUGCAUUUAGUGUGUUACAUACAGUUUUUUUUUUUAAUGAUGUUAUUGCUUGGUUUUUAUUUUGUUUUAUGUGAGCUGAGGAUAAUAUUUGAUUUCUAAAUGUAUGAAUUUAAAUUUUCAAACUUGUAUAUUUUAAAUUAUUAUUUUGGGUUUAAAAUUAUAUUUAUUUUUCUUAUGAACUAAUUUUACUAUUUACGCUGUAUGUACUUUUUUUAUCUCUUGCAUUUUUUCCUAAAAAUAUGUAACGCAAUCUUUUAUUUAAAUCUACUUAGUCUUUAUUUUCAAUCAAAUACAUACCUGUAAAAAUUGUGUAGGCCUGUAUGAAAUAAAUUAAUUUCAGAACAAA